CACACACACACACACACACACACACACCUGGGCUUCACCCAUUCAGCAUCCUUUUGAAUAAGCAGCAAGACGCGGAGCAGAGGAGGAGAGUGAGCACAGCUCUCCCCAAGACAAUCACACACGCGCAUUUAUGAUCCGAGCGCAAAGAGAGGGCGCAGAGGAAGAAAAAACCUCAGCGUAACGAAAAAGUAAGGAAGGAGAUAUUAAAAGUAGAUACUUGGACCGGUUUGCAUCAAGACAGUGGCAAAUGUUUAACCUUACCCCAAGCGCACAGAAGAGAAACCCAGGGAGGCACCGGUCGGAGGAAGAAGAGAAAGCAUAGCUUGGGGGGAUUGAACGGAGCAGGGCAUGUGGAUAUUGGCUUUUAUCUUUUUCCAGAGCAUCUUGAAUGUUUUCAGUGAGGACCUACAUUCCAGCUUAUACUUUGUCAAUGCAUCUUUGCAAGAGGUAGUAUUUGCCAGCACCACAGGGACCUCUGUGCCCUGUCCUGCUGGUGGCGCGCCCCCUGCCUCGCUACGCUGGUAUCUGGCGACCGGCGAGGAGAUCUACGAUGUCCCCGGCAUCCGCCACGUCCACCCCAAUGGAACCCUCCAGAUCUUCAACUUCCUGCCAUCCAGCUUCAGCAAGCUGAUCCACGACAACACGUACUACUGCACUGCCGAGAACCCCUCCGGCAAGAUCAGGAGUCAGGAUGUCCACAUCAAAGCUGUAUCACGGGAACCCUACACAGUCCGAGUGGCCGACCAGAAGGCCAUGAGAGGCAGUGUAGCCGUCUUCAAGUGCAUUAUCCCUGCUUCUGUUGAGGCCUACGUCAAUGUUGUAUCAUGGGAGAAAGACACCGUUUCACUCAACUCAGGGCAAAGAUAUCUCAUCACCUCCACAGGAGCCUUGUAUAUUCUGGACGUCCUGCCUGAGGAUGGGCUGAAUAACUACCGCUGCACGACCCGCCACCGCUACACCGGCGAGACGCGCCAGAGCAACAGCGCCCGUCUCAUCGUGUCAGACCCCACCAAUGCUGAGCCGGGCAUCCUGGAUGGCUUUGACCACAGAGAGGUGACGAUCAAUCACCGGGUGGAGCUGCCCUGUAAGGCCUCGGGCUACCCAACGCCCAAAUACCGCUGGCUGAAGGACAACAGCCCUCUGGAGCCCGACAACCGCUUCAGACAGACCAUCACCGGGCUGCUGAUCGAGAGCACGCAGCCCAGCGACUCCGGGACAUACGUCUGCGAAGUGUGGAACAGCUACGGCAACGCUGAGGUCAUGGGGCGCCUGUACAUCAAACAGCCCCUGAAGGCGGUGGUCAGCCCCCGGAAGGUGAAAGGCAGCGUGGGUAGCAAGGUGUCUCUGUCCUGCAGCGUGAGCGGAUCAGACGAGUACGAGCUGUCGUGGUACCGCAACGGGGAGAUCAUCUACCCCGGAAACAACGUGCGCUUCACCGGGCUCAACCGGGAGAGCCUCAUCAUGGAAGGCAUGUCCAAGAGCGACGGGGGGGCGUACCAGUGCUUCGCCAGGAAAGGAAAGAUGUCCGCACAGGACUUCGUGCAAGUCAUCCUCGAAGAUGGUACUCCAAAGAUCCUGGCCUCGUUCAGCGAGAAGGUGGUGAACCCCAACGAGCCCGUCUUCCUGGUCUGCAACGUGAAGGGCACGCCUCCCCCCCGCUGCACCUGGUCUCUGGACGACGACCCCGUCAUCAAGGACUCCCACCACCACCUGGGCCACUACGAGACCCACGAGGGCCACGUGGUCAGCCAGCUGAACGUCACGCACACCCAGGUGCAGGACGGGGGGGUGUACCGGUGCACGUGCAGCAACUCGGCCGGGCUCGUGUACCACCAGGCUCGAAUAAACGUAAGAGGCCGAGCCAACAUCCGCCCGAUGAAAAACAUCACGGCGAUCGCUGGACGAGACGCGUUCAUUCACUGCCGUGUGAUUGGCUACCCUUACUACUCUAUAAAGUGGUACAAGAACUCUGCACUGCUGCCGUUCAACCACCGGCAGCGAGCGUUCGAGAACAACGGCACGCUGAAGCUGACCAACGUGCAGCAAGUGGACGCCGGCGAGUACAACUGCAAAGUGAUGGUCCAACCCAACAAGAUGGACUCCCAGAGCGUGCACCUGUGCGUCAGAGUCCCUCCCUACAUCCAGCCCUUUGAGUUCCAGCGCUUCACCAUCGGGCAGCGCGUCUUCAUCCCCUGCGUGGUCAUGUCGGGCGACCGCCCUCUGGACAUCACCUGGCAGAAGGACGGGCGUCCCAUCCCCAUCAGCCUGGGCGUAACCGUGGACAACAUCGACUUCACCAGCUCGCUGCGCAUCUCCAACCUGACGCCCGACCACAACGGCAACUACACCUGCGUCGCCCGCAACGAGGCGGCUGCCGUGGAGCACCAGAGUCAGCUCAUUGUGAGAGGUGCGGGUGUCCCUCAGUUCCAGCCCAUCCCUCUGAACAGCGGCUCUCGAGUGACGCUGUUGAGCAACGGCUCUCUGCUGAUCAAACACGUGCUGGAGGACGACAGCGGCUUCUACCUGUGUAAGGUCAGCAACGACGUGGGAGCUGAUGUCAGCAAGUCCAUGUACCUCACCGUCAAAAGAACACCAGAUACCCAUAUAAGGGGGCCCCCAAAGAANGACCAGAGGCCCAACAUACUAUGCGAGAAGAGAGGGUCGCGUGGUACUAACCCGAAAAGAGGGCACUCGGCUAGUCGAGUGGUCACCGUCAAGGAGGUGGCCGACGAGGUCGUCUCCACGCUGGUGAUUAUGCCGACUGUUCGUGGGGACUCAGGUUUCUUCUCCUGUCACGCCAUCAACUCUUUCGGGGAGGACCGAGGCAUCAUACAGCUGACAGUGCAAGAAGCCCCCGACCCUCCGGAGGUGGAGAUCCGGGAGGUGAAGGACCGGACCAUCGCUCUGCGCUGGACCAUGGGCUUCGAUGGGAACAGCCCCAUCACAGGAUAUGAUAUCGAAUGCAAGAACAAAUCAGCGUCAUGGCUAUCAGCCCAGGUUACCAAAGAUGUUUCCCCUCAGCUCAACCAGGCCACAAUCAUCGACCUCCACCCUUCGUCCACCUACAACAUCCGCAUGGUCGCCAAGAACAUCAUCGGCAACAGUAACCCCAGCAACGAGCUGACCAUCACCACUGAUGAAGCAGCCCCUGACGGCCCCCCACAGGAUGUCCUUCUGGAGCCCACCUCCCCACAGAGCAUCAAAGUUUCCUGGAAGCCUCCACAGAAGCACCUUCAGAACGGGGUGAUCCGCGGCUACCAGGUGGGCUACAGGGAGUACAGCCCGGGGGGGAGCCACCAGUUCACCAUCCUCAGCCUGGACACCAGCGGAGACACCAUGGAGAGCAUCAUGCUGGACAACCUGAAGAAGUUCACUCAGUACAGCGUGGUGGUGCAGGCGGCCAACAGGGCGGGCACCGGGCCGUCCUCUCAGCAGGUCGUCGUCAAAACCCUGGAGGACGGUAAAUAUACAACCAAGUCUCCGUCUCAGCAGGUCCCGUCCUCUCAGACUUUUCCAACCCAACAACUCCAACCCUGGUCCAACACCGUGUCUCUCUCUCCUGUCCUGUGUUGCACACCUCCUCCUUGUUUCUCUGGCUUCCCUGCUCACUGUCUGUGA